UUACAUGCUGCCUUAGUCAGGUGUGUUACAAUGGCCUUUAAAUACAAUGAUUCAGAGAGCUCUGUGCAAUCAAUAGCACUCGUGAUGUUGUGCAAUACCACAGACAACCUUUUUGGUGGAGGUGUUUGCAAACUGCCAAACAACAAAAUGUAGAAUAACCCCACUUAUGGCUGACUACCUGAAAGUGGGACAAAUAUUUAAAACACAGAUACGUGUGUGUGUUUGUGUGUGUGUUUGUGUGUGUGUCUGUUUGUGUGUGUGUGUGUGUGUGUGUGUGUGUGUGUGUGUGUGUGUGUGUGUGUGUGUGUGUGUGUGUGUGUGUUUAAUAUCUAUGGAAGUAGUGAUCCCUUCUUGAUGAUUACAAAAUAAUCUUUCUUUAAAUAGGUAAAAAUCACCUCAUUGGCUGAUGAGGUGAUCAGGAAAUAUGCAAAAUUUCUUGUAAUUGCUCAUACCUGCCUGAAAACAAACCUACCAGUCAGGAAAGACAAGUCAGAGAACUGUUGAGCCGUGAGUAAAUGAUGACACUUGGAUACAAAAAAUACCACUGAGUUAAAUGAUAACCACAGAAAAGCAUCACUACUCCACACAGCAAGGUUGAAGGCACAAUGCGUAAGUCCGAAUAUUUGAGUUGUGUGUUGUAAAGUAGUUGCUUUUUGGAUAUGUGACGAAGACUGUCGUGGGGAUGGGCGGUGCUUGGGUUGGUCUAAAGUGCAUGUGUGUUUUCAGCAGCUGAACCGAUCAGUCAGCAGCCUGGCUGGCCCAGCUUGAUGAACUCAGACAACAGGGAGAGUUAAGGAGUGGGAUGUAGUGUAUCUAGAGCAAGAGGACAGACACACACACAAACACACUCCUCACUCACGACUCCGAAGCUUACCGGCGUCUAUUGGAUCAUUGUUUCUUUUUUCAAGAAUGCAAGGGAUGGUUUUUUUUUUCUUUAAAAGGAAAUAUCCCACACCUAGUGUGUGUCAGGGAGAUCACAGAAGUGGACCACACGGCUAGAUGGGAAUACGUGAAUUUUUCUGGACGUUAAUCAAUCGAACCUGACAGCUCACCAAAGGAAAUAUAGGAGGCCUUUCUUUAUUUAAGCUCGACCGAACGGAUGAUAGAACCCUGCCUCUAGGGAAAAACAGAUCUCAUUUUCAAGUGUCAACCAAGAAUGCUGCAGCUGCACCCUGCUGUUCCAGUGCUGAUUCCAGAGCCAGUGGAGCCGUCGACCGGCAGGUGAACCGGAGUGACUUGGUGUCCAAGGGCAGUCAGUGAGUGUCCCUCUGGGUGCAACAGUGUGACUCGUUGCGGAGCCGCACCGCACCACCACCAGCGCAGGAGGGGGUGUGUGGGGGGGGGGCAGGGGGCAGGGGGCGACCAUGUCCAACUCCCACCAGCAGAGCCUGGACGAGGAGGCCGUGUUCCUACCUGUCACCGAGGCCUGUCCCGAGUUCCUCCACUGCGAGAGCGAGCGUCUGGCCGUGGAGAGGCUCAUGAGCGUGGGCCCCGCGGCCUUCUAUGCCUGCCUGGGAGCGGAGAAUCUGGGCGGCUUCCUGUCUCAGGAGGAGGUGAACCACAUCAGCGGAUGGGCGCAUGACUACACCGUGAGCCGGACGCAGGCGGUGCCGGAGGCCAGGGGGGGGGAGGGGGGGGAGGAGGAGGGCAACGGUGAGGACGGCGGGAGCUCAGCGGCACGAUGCCUGUCGUCCUGCUACUUCCCCACUCACUCCGACGCCCCCGCCCCCUGUCUGGACCUGGGCUGGCCCGAGAGGAGCAUCUGGCCCGGCCGGGACUGCGUCAAAGUCCUCACCAACCCGCCGGAGGAAGGGCAGCCGUCCAUCAGAGAGAUCGUCAGAAGGCAUCUGCAGCAGGCUAGCCAGGUUAUUGCCAUAGCAACAGAUAGGUUGACGGACAACGUGGUAAUAGGUGACCUCCACAGCGCUGCUUCUCGAGGGGUCCCUGUUUAUAUCAUACUGAAUCAGAGGUCCACGCAGGAGGACUGCACACCCAGCAUGCUUCGGCAUCCGAACAUGCAGGUUCGCGUUCUUGGAGGGAAAACGUUCUGCUCGAGGGAAGGAAGAAUGGUGGUCGGGCAGAUGAAAGACAACUAUAUCUUGGUAGAUCUAGAGACAGUUAUCCACGGCAGCUACAGUCUUACCUGGACAGACGCCCACCUGCACCGGCAUCUGGUCACGCUCCUCAGCGGCCCAGUGGUCGGGUCUUUUGAUCGAGAGUUUCGCAUCCUGUUUGCCGCCUCGCUCCCCGUGCCGGAGGUCCGUGCGGCCCCCCUGACCGUGGGCGAUACCACCCAUUACCGAAUGAACGAGUCAUCAGACCUCUGGUACCCCAACCGCCCCCUGCUGGGACCCCUCCUAAGCCCCCCUCCCCCGCCGCCCGAGGGGACCCCUCUGGACUGGGAAGCCCUGGGGGUCUUCCGCCGGAAAAGCUACCCCCAUGACAGUCCCACUGACCCGUCGGUGGAAGCCAGGGAGAGGCCUACACAGAACUUUGCGCCAUUCGAGAAACAGCCACCCGUCGAGGAUGUGUUUUCACGGAACAUAACUAAACGUCUGGAUACAAGAGACAAGCUACGGGAAAAAAACACUCCAGGUGCUAACAAGGCUCGAGAAACACAAUUCUCGAUGACAGAUUCAGGUUUCAACUCCACUACCGCUGAAAUACCACAGAGGAUUGGACCCAAAAUUGAACAGGUCUAUAACAGAAAUCUCGUCCAAGACAGCCAGGAUGUGGAAGACAGGAAAUUGUUUACGAAUGUGGAGCGUAGGAAAGAGACAACCUUAAAGCACGAAAUCCUCAAGUAUUCAACCAAUCAGAGACGAGAUCACACAAGAACCCGGGAAGCCCUUCACGAAGAUGGACAUGUUGACGCGGAUGAGAUGAGCUUCAGAGCUGAGAAGCAGCCAUCUUCUAGAAAACCUUUGAUACUUAGGGUGCCCCAGAAUGACAACUACAGCUCUCUGAGUGACAUCAUGAGGAGGCUGCAGCCUCAGCCGAGCACCUCGGCACAGCAGAAGAGGGGAUCCAAGAUGGCCAUGUCGGAGCUCAGCAGAUCCAUGAUGGACCUCAGUGCAGAACCAACUCAAGAGAGGGGAACAGCAGUGCCGAGGUUACAUGCCAAUUUCUUUGACCCAGGUCGCAUGACACCGGCCAUCGCCUUGAUGAAGAAAAGGAAUGAUGAAGUGAAGGUCGGACUGUAUCGGACACCAAUCUAUCAGCCCACUGCGAGGCCUAGGAGUUCCACUUUUGGAAUGCAAACGGACUGGAGGAGACCGGGUGACAGGGAUGCCGAGAUGAAGAACUAGAUGGCAAAAAGGACCAGAGAGGCAGUGCUAGAAGAAAACUGUUACAGAUUACGCUAACCAUUGACUACAAAAUUGUUCAGUGUUAACAUCCCCCCAGACUUGAAAUUGCCAUGCAUAUACAAAGAACAAAAAAAUCUGGUUCCUUCCUUGUAUCAUAACAGUGUAACUAUGGUGGAUUCAAAAUAAACAUGCAAACCUUA